AUGUACGCUAUUCGGGCACAGAAGCACCAACAUCCAGUUGCGAGGCAACUGCUUGAGAUCGCAGAGAGGAAGCAGUCUAACUUGAUCAUUUCGGCUGAUUUCACGACUACCAAUGAACUGCUCAAAUGCGCCGACGACCUCGGCCCUUACAUCGCAGUCUUCAAAACCCACAUCGAUAUGGUCAGCGACUUCUCCAACAAGACAGUCGAAGGCCUCAUCGAGCUUAAAAGAAAACACGAUUUCCUCAUCUUCGAAGACCGCAAGUUGAUCGAUAUCGGAAACACCGCCAAGCAGCAGUACCACGGCGGAGCUUUGCGCAUCUCAGAAUGGGCCGACGUUGUCAACGUCAGCAUUCUUGGUGGCAAGGGCAUACUCGACGCGCUCAACCAGGUCCUCACCAACCCGGGUUUUGCGUACCGGGAGAAGCGAGCAUUGCUGAUCCUUGCGGAGAUGACAUCUGAAGGAAGCCUCGCCACCGGGGAAUACACUCAGAGAUGCCUGGAGCUGGCUGGGCAGUACCCAGAGUCUAUUAUUGGGUUUGUGGCCACCAAGGCUCUGAGUUCUGAUGCCAGCCACAUUGUUUUUACCACCGGGGUCAACAUGUCUGAUUCUGGUGACUCAUUGGGACAGCAGUACCAGACACCUACUGCUGCGAUUCUCGGAGGCUCAGACUUCAUCAUCGUGGGUCGAGGUAUUCUGAACGCUCAGGACUCGGUCGGACAAGCUCAACGGUAUCGCAAGGAGGGCUGGGAGGCGUAUCUGAAGCGAACUGGGAGCUGA